AUGGUAGCUCUCACCGCAGCCGAGUCGGCUCUACUUCACCUCAACGAGCCCCAAGCGUCCACCUCGGGGCUUGUACAGGAUGCCUGUGCCGCCGAAGCGCUCAAGGUGCUGCACUCGCCCUUCGCACGCGCAUGCUGGCAAAUCGACUCCGGAGCUUUAUCGUCGUCGGCCACACCUCGCUUUGGGAUAGACCUCGCGUCCCUACCGACGCGAGAUGAACCCAAUUUUGAGCUCAAUCUACUCUCGGUUGGAGUCGCAGCCCUGCACGCGUUUGUGCAAAUCAACUGGACCGGACCGACGCUCGAGCUCGAUCCUCGGGACUUGUUCGACAGCAAGGACGGAGCAUCGACCUUCGCACCCGAACAAAUCAACGAUACCGCGAUCGAAGAAUUGGCCUACAGUGGAGAACCGGCGUACCAUCUGACCAAGCACGCCAUCCUACUCGUGCUGGCCUUGCAAAUCUUUGGUCUGCUCCGGUCGCCCUACGACACCGCCGACUCGGAGGAGAACCUGCCCUCGACCUCGUCAACCUUGGUCUCGACCAUCCCCACAAGUCUGAGAUGGAGCCUGGAAUCUGUCAAGAUCUGGCGUCUGCGAGCUGGCCUCGUCUGGCUCAAGAUCCUCGACGAACCUGUCCCCUUACCCCUGUCCAUCGCAUCCGAGGCCUCGACGCUCCGUCUGGCCCUCCCGCACGACUCGCCCGACCGAGCCUCCCUCUCCCUCUCCCUUUCUCUCCUUUCGACCCUUCUAAGUCGAUCUUCCCCCCACUCGACUGCACAAAAGGAAGCCUCGGCUUUGGCGGUGCAAGCCGCUCAGGAGAUUGGUCUCGAAUGGGAAUUGACGGGUAGGAUGGGCAAGAGGACCAAAUGGCAAGUCGACGAAAAGACCCAACUCGUCGUUCUGGCGCGCGAUCGAACGAGUCAACAAGCCAAAGAUGAAGAGACGUCGAAGCAGGUCGAGACCGCAGCCGCUCCCACUCCUGUUCCGGAAGCGUUCGCAUUGAACGACGAUACAUUGCUCGAGCGGACAGCCUUCACGCAGGACUCUUCGGCGCCGAAACCUGUCGAUGAGGAUCCCGACAGUCUCUCGUCGAUGGACCCGACCUCGCAACCCGACAUCUCGCCCUUUUCUCAGAGUGUCCUUCUCGCCCUCUCCCUCGCGACCCUACCCGCCCCGACCUCACUCAUGAAUCUCUCUGCGGACGUGCUGUCGACCUCCCAAGUCUCCUCCUUCGUUUCGCGCGUCGUUCUCCAACCCCAAAACUGGUCCGUGCAUUCGAUGGCCCUCCUCCUACGUUGCCGAGCCGAAGCCGGUCGGUCGCGCACCGUCGAACGCGGUGUACUACAAAUGCAAGCUCUCGUCGAUCAACUCAAAGACGGUUCUCCGCGGGACAUCUCCGCCAUUUCCUCCGCCGUCAAAUCGGAAGAUAUGGCCCCAGCGCGGGAUCGACUCGCCCACUUCCACGCGCUCAAUCUACCGCCUUGGUGGGAGAUGGAACGUGAGCUUGCAACGCGAUACGGUUCGCUCGGGAUUACGAAAUCCGCUUUGGAGAUCUUCACCCGUCUUGAGAUGUGGGAAGAAGUAGCGCGUUGUUGGACUUCACUCGAGCGCGCGGACCGAGGGAUAGCGAUCAUUCGUGAAUUACUCGAAGGGAAGAAGGUCGAAACGGAAUUGGUGAUGGAGGCGCGCAAGACCGAUGGUGCUUCGAGGAUCCUUCGAGGUGGUCCGAGGAGAGAAGCCAAGAUGUGGUGCAUCUUGGGCGAAUUGGAAAAGGAUUCCCAACAUUUUGAAAAGGCGUGGAUCGUUUCGGGCAAGACGUCGUCGCUCGCACAAAGAUCCCUUGGGGCAACUUACUGGGCGGCGAACGAUUACGAGAAAGCGCGCGAUGCGCUUCGACUCGCACUGGCGAUCAACCCCCUGUUCCCUCGCUCUUGGUUCGUACUCGGUUGUGCGGAGAUGAGGUUACUCAAUUGGGCGGGCGCGCAGGAGGCUUUUGGACGGUGCGUCGCACUAGAGGACGAUGAUGCGGAGAGUUGGAGCAAUCUCGCGAGUUGUCAUCUUCGUCGAGGGGAGACCGAAGGCGACGAUGAUUCCGAAGAGACAUGGGACGCAUUGGACGACGACGAUGACGAUCAAAUUUCAACCACUACCCCCAUGACUGCACCUACAGCGAGCACCGCAAAACAGACCGAGUCGGAAGAAGUGGUCAAGCUCCCCUUUAGCCGCAAGCGCGCCGCGUUCCACUGCCUCAAACAAGCGAUCAAGCACUCGUACGACUCGUGGCGCAUGUGGUACAACUACAUGAUCGUCGCCGUCGACGUCGGCGAGCUCUCCGAGGCCUGUCGCGCCCUAACCCGUAUCACUGAGAUGCGUAUCGCCAAAGAUGGGGAAGGGGCGAUCGAUCUCGAAGUGCUCGAAAGGUUGGUCGACGCCGUGACGCGUCAAUUGGACGAUGAACCGGAUCAAGCGCAAUCCUCCACCCCUUACGUGAACCCCAACUCGGGUAAAGGUCUUCUUCCCCGCGUCGAACGCUUAAUCGACACGACGAUCCUGCCCCAUUGCUCUAGCUCUGCUCGAGUUUUCCUCGCCCGUGCCCGAUUGUACCUCUUCCAAUCAGACUAUGCAGGUGCGUUGGAUUGCCACCUCAAAGCCUAUCGCGCAGUCGUAGGCUCCGACGAAUCCAUCACGCACGACAAGAAGGCUUUCCUCGCCGCCACGACGCGAGUCGAAGAGGUCGUCACGAUGUUGGAGAACCUUGGACCGAAGAGUAAAGCCGAUGGUGAGCUCGUGGCCAAGGAUUGGAAAUUCCAGGCGAGGUCGAUCGUGAGAACUUUUAUGGGGCGGACGAGGGAUUCGUUCGGGGACGAAAAGGCGUUCGAAAAAGUCAAAGAUCUGUUGCAGGACCUGAAGGGAUAG